AUGGCAGAAGUCGCAUAUUCCAGGCACCAUGCGACGUACUCGGAGGAUGUGGAUGCGUUUGGAUCCAACGCAUCACUACUUCGUACUGCACCUCGCAUUGAGAUGAUGGCCAACCAGGACUUUGUCUUUCCGAGGACAAUGCCCUCCGCUUCCCUUGAGCCUCCUUCAACUCAAUCUCGGCGGCCGCAAUCAUUCUCUGCCAACCACCACACCUUCCGACCUCCUACCGUCGAGCACCGACGAGUCAAAUCGAGUAUGCCACUCCCGAGUUUCAGCUUUAACGCAGCCGACACAUCGGGAUUGCAGGCCGAGACGACGUCGUUGGAGCCAGACAACGAGCCGGUUGCGCCUUUGACACCGUCGAAAGGUCACAAACGGACGACAAGCGAAUUUGUUGGUGGUGACUCGCGACUGCUGGGGACUACCGCCAAAGCCCCGCCAAUGCCUGCUUUCACAUCUCAGCCAAUCCCGAUUCCGAGCAACAGGCCGACUCACCGACAUCGUCGGUCGGCUGCCAUCUCUAGCCACGAUGUGGCAGCGGCAAUGCGCGUUCCUGAAUCCAGUGCACGUCUUAGUACCAGCGCACCAAAUUCACCCGUCGAGUGUUUACCCCAAACAGAGGCACGCAGCGACGAUCCGUUUGGCCCAACCACAGACGCAGCACCCGAGCGACCGCCUUCACGACGACAAGUCGAGUUUUCCGACAAGGUCGAAUUCAUUCCUCGACCACUAUCAACCAUCUCUUCAGGCACCGAAGGUUCUCUUUCUACCAGAAAUGGUCACUCGAUCAACGACAGCAUCUCAUCUAUGCUGAGCCUGGGCACCCCAAGCCCACCGAGUACCCGCUUGGCUGUCACUACUCUUGCAACCACACUAGAAGCGGAGAUCGAUGCCAAAUCAGAGCCAAGUAAGCUUCCCGUGAAACGCGUGGAAAGGGAGGGCCAAUGGCUCCGGACCGGUUCUCUUCGAUCGGGUGCUCCCCGACCUAUUUCUGCGCCACUCUCCUCGACCGUCCAUUUCCCGCUGCAAGACUCCCCUAUCAAGGCUCGCGAGUCACGCAGAGCGAAGGACGCGCAAACUCGUGCCACCGAGUUGGAAAGACGACAAAGCGAGCCGGUGAUUCAACCUAUUGAGCACCGACUCACUCCCACUAUGUCAUUCGAGGCUGUCCCCGAGAAUGCUCAAGAUGACCGCUCUGCUCAAAGACGAUCAUCCUCUCGCAAGCUCAAGGACUGGGCCAUUUCUAAAAUCGCCCGCACCAGUAUCAAGAAACACUCUCGCGGCCAGUCCGAAUUCCUCGCGCCUGCUGAACCAAUGGUAGACGCACUUCGGCUUGCUCCGCCACCGCUGGUAAUUCCUUCAGCGACGGCUGAGACUGACCUGGAUGCCGUGUUUGGUGGCCCGGUCUCACCACGCGAGCGACGAGCACCUACUUCCAGCAUGUUUUCACGACUGGACGAGAUCACGCCUGCUACGAGUCAGAGCAGUCUAGGAAAGUCAAAUGGCGCUGACGAGGAACAAUUCAUGCUCGAUUUGGACACAGCAUUGGGACCUUUUCAAUCUCCUUGCGCUGGCGCACCGAAGCAGAGACGUGGGAUGCACAGUGGCCGUGUGAACCGCGAGUUUCUAACCCCGGGUAUCUAUCUUCCCGCUAACCCAAACCAUCGUCGGACCGAGAGCGCUCCAAUGCUCACGCCAUUCGACCACGGCAGACUGUCAACUCCUGCUCUCGCUGCAAUGGCGGACGUGUUCGAGGAAGACGAGGAAGAAGCAGAUUCGUCCAAGCCGGAACGACGAGGAAGCGCCGAAUCUGACGAAGCGGGUACCGGUGUUCAAAUCAUCGAUUCUGACCCAAGCUCCACCACCGAUUCUCUCGUCAGUCUGGAUGCCCUGCGGAAUCAAGACGGGCAAUGGGGCUCACCACGACCAAGCACCGGAUAUCCACGUCAGAUGAUUGAUAUGACGGCCUCGCUUCCCGAACAUCAGCCAUCUUCGCUUGUUGAGGAGACCAUCGUCGAGGAGUCGACUCCCUGUGCUUCUAGACAUUCGAUGCAUCCCGUUGAAAUUGUUUACGACCACGAGGAGCCGCGUGCUUCGUCCUUCACCAAAUCUUCCGACUCCAGUGAGACGCCCACAAUUCUUCCGAACGCAUCGGAUCGAGAUACUUUCGACACGUCACGACCUCAGACUAGCUCGGAUACUUGCGAAUCGCCUUCGGCCUACUCCACGCCGGAUCUCAGUCGUGGCCAGACAUCCUUCGAUACCUCCCGCCUCGGCACAUCAGCUUCAUCUGCAACAGACAACCGCACCAUGAGCUCGUAUGCCACCACUACAGAGCUUUCUGGCGGCUGUGACCCACGCCAUUCCGUGGAGGAUGUGCCAUCACUCACAAGCUCCAGGUCGACCAUGAUGAGCACAUUGCACAACGUUCUUCGUCCAUCGUCGAUGCAUCGCGAUUUCUCUGCUGAUGACCUGCGUCCUCGCCUCUCAUGUACAACUCCAGCAUCGUCCGAUGUCCUCGACCCUUCACCUCUUUCAAGAGUUGGGGUCAUCGACUACUCGCCUGCCGCAGAGGAACGACCACGCCGGAAGCGCCAGAGUAUCCAAAGUCUGUCGCAACUUGUUGGCGUUCCAUUCGUUUCCUCUCGCAAUUCCGCUGUUCUGUCUUCCGCUUCUGCAUCGCCGAUUGAUUCGCCGAUGCGACCACAGACUGCCAGCAACAUCCUUGGCACGUCCUAUGCACCCUUCCACACAGUUCGCUCCUCCGUUUCCAAGGAUUCAUUAAAUACAACUGAUGGAUCUCAACGUCCGGUAGAGCAUCUGCGGCUCAAGAAACUCAUGUUCUGGAAGACCAAGGGUCGUCAAUCGUCUUUGCCCGCUUCCGUUACUCCUCGUCCUCGCUACUAG